GAGCUGGGCACGUGGAUGUGGGGAACCAGGAGCAGUUCCUCUCGCCUCCCGUCUGAACUUGGCCAGGGAAUGAAUGCAGCAAGCUGACAUUCCGCUCUCUCUCUCUCUCUCUCCCCUCCUUCCCUUUCUUUGCCGGUCGGCAUCUCCACUGUGGGUGGAUCUCUGGCAACUCCGAUGCCUCUGCUUGGUUCUUGUCAUCUACGCGAAGGGAAAGCGGUGAGGCUGGAUCCAGAGGAGGCUCUUUUUGGCAAGUCCCAGCAAGGCUGAGCAACUGGAGAGAGACCCGAGGGGAGGGCUGCCUGCUUUCUCCAUCCCCCCCUCCUCCUAUCCCCAUCCUUCUUCUCUCUCCUCUGAGUGUGCCUUGCCUGGGAGCGAGAGAGUGGCAGAGACGCCAAGGAGAAGGCUUCUGCCCGCCGUGGCAUUUCUCACGCGAGGAACAUGACUGCUUCCCCGGAGGAUCCCCGGAGGUAUUUCUCCUCCUCUUCUUGCUAAAAGAGAGAGGAGAGGCAAAGGGGAUACAUAUAUCCCAAGUACUCCGGAAGAGUGAAAAGUGGAACUUCGGAGGUGGAUUCACCCAACAGAGAAGACAGAAUGGCACAGCGGGACCUCAUCUUCCUGGCCCUGUUGGGCGUCCUUCUCGGAUUGUGGCCCGGAUGCCACCCCAGCGACACCAGCCAGCCCAGGUUACGCCUAUCCCACAAAGAGCUCUGGGAUUUGAACAGAACAUCAGUCUUUCAUAGUCCGUCUGGAUACCUUGGUCUUCAUGUAAUGCUUCUGGAUGAGUAUCAAGAUCGACUCUUUGUGGGAGGAAAGAACCUGGUGUAUUCCCUCAGCUUAGACCGAGUCAAUGAAAAUUUCAGAGAGAUUCAUUGGCCAAGUACAUCCCUACAAGAAGAAGAAUGCACUAUCAAGGGAAGAUAUGCUGAGGAGUGUGCCAAUUACAUCCGUGCUUUGCAUCGAUACAACCGAACACACCUGCUGGCUUGUGGGACAGGAGCUUUCGAUCCCAUCUGUGCUUUUAUAAGGGUUGGCCAUCAAUCAGAGGAUCAUCUAUUUCAUCUAGAAGCUCACAGACUGGAGAGGGGACGUGGCCGGUGCCCAUUUGACCCCAGUUCCUCCUUCAUCUCCACUUUAUUUGGUGGGGAGUUGUUUACCGGACUCUACAGUGACUACUGGGGAAGAGAUGCAGCAAUCUUCCGCACAAUGGGCCGCAUCGCGCACAUCCGGACUGAACCAGAUGAUGACCGUCUGCUGAAAGGUACAAGGGAACCUAAAUUUGUGAGCUCCUUUCUAAUUCCUGACAAUGAAGACCAGGAAGAUAACAAGGUCUACUUCUUCUUCACUGAGAAAGCAUUAGAGGCAGAGACAGGAGCUCAUGCCAUCUAUUCCAGAGUGGGAAGAGUGUGUGCAAAUGAUAUGGGUGGACAACGGAUGCUGGUGAAUAAAUGGACCACGUUUCUCAAGACAAGAUUGAUUUGUUCUGUGCCAGGAAUGAAUGGCAUUGACACAUAUUUUGAUGAGCUGGAGGACAUAUUUUUACUCCAGACACGGGAUAACAAAAACCCAGUGAUAUUUGGACUCUUCAAUACUACUAGCAACAUAUUUCGAGGAUAUGCUAUAUGUGUCUAUCACAUGGCUAGUAUUCGGGCAGCCUUCAAUGGACCAUAUGCGCAUAAAGAAGGACCUGAAUAUCAUUGGUCUGUGUAUGAAGGGAAAGUACCAUACCCAAGACCGGGAUCGUGUGCUAGCAAAGUGAAUGGAGGGCUGUAUGGGAGCACCAAAGACUAUCCAGAUGAAGCUAUUCGGUUUGCUAGAAGCCAUCCCUUGAUGUAUCAGCCUAUUAGGCCUGUUCAUAAGAGACCAGUUCUUGUGAAGACAGAUGGGAAAUACAAACUCAAACAAAUAGCAGUAGACAGAGUAGAAGCAGAAGAUGGGCAAUAUGAUGUCUUAUUUAUUGGGACAGAUAAUGGGAUUGUACUGAAAGUCAUUACAAUUUAUAACCAAGAGACAGAAUCGAUGGAAGAAGUGAUUCUUGAAGAGCUGCAAGUGUUCAAAGUCCCAGUUCCUGUUAUAUCCAUGGAAAUUUCUUCCAAAAGGCAACAAAUUUAUGUUGGCUCUGAGUCUGCUGUUGCCCAGUUAAAGUUCCACCAGUGUGAUAUGUAUGGGACAGCCUGUGCUGACUGUUGCCUAGCAAGAGAUCCUUACUGUGCUUGGGACGGCAUAUCCUGUUCCAGAUACUACCCAACAGGAACACAGGCAAAGAGACGUUUCCGAAGACAAGAUGUCCGUCAUGGAAAUGCAGCUCAACAGUGCUUUGGCCAACAGUUUCUUGGGGACAUCCUGGAUAAGACUGAAGAGCGACUGGUGUAUGGAAUUGAAUACAACAGCACUCUGCUUGAAUGCAUCCCUAGAACCUUGCAAGCCAAAGUGAUCUGGUUUGUCCAGAGAGCCCAUGAAGUCCGUAAAGAAGAGGUAAAGACUGAUGACCGAGUACUCAAAGUGGAUCUUGGCCUGUUAUUUUUACGGCUGCACAGGAUGGAUGCUGGAACAUAUUUCUGCCAGACCGUGGAACAUAGCAUCAUCCAUACAGUGAGAAAAAUCACACUUGAGGUUGUGGAAGAGGAACGUGUAGAUGACAUGUUCAACAAAGACUACGAAGAGGAUCAUGUCUCUCAUAAGAUGCCAUGUCCUGCACAAAGUAGCAUUCCCCAUGGCUCAAGGCCAUGGUACAAGGAAUUUCUGCAACUCAUAGGUUAUAGCAAUUUCCAGAGAGUAGAGGAAUACUGUGAAAAAGUUUGGUGCACAGACAAGAAAAGAAAAAAGUUGAAGAUGUCUCCAUCCAAGUGGAAGUACGCCAAUCCUCAAGAGAAGAAAGCACGCAUCAAGCCUGAGCAUUACCGUGUUCCCAGGCAAACUGCUGACUCUUGAUAGGGGAAGAAAUCCUCAAUCAUUCCAGAGAGCAUUUGUUUUUGUUUGGACCUAAGGAAAGGGAAUUUGGUCAUUAAUACAAGUUUAUAUAUGUAUAUAUAUAUGAAACGUUGAGACUGGAAAUGAACAGAAGUGUUUUAGUAAGUUAUAGACUUGACAUUUGUUUUUUAAAAGUUGCUUCAGGCUCAAAUCUAAUUAUAUCAUUUCAUAUUAAGUUUUCCAUUUAAGAACAACCUGACAAUCAUUCUAUCCAACCUUUAGACCACGUAGUCAAGCAUGGACUAUGCUUGUGCUGUAUAUUCUAGUGUGCUGUGGGAAUAUUUAACUGAACUCAGAUGCUAAUAAUUUGAUAAGCAAAGCAACAAUGUAUUGUAUAGUUUCAUUUUUUUAUUUCUCAAAUGUCUUGCAGAUUUUUAAUGUGUUCUUGUGAUCUCCCCGGUCUCCUUCGAAUCCCUAUGUUCAUUUCUAAAAAGCAUGUUUCUACUUUUAUCAAUGCAGAAAUUAGUUUGAAUAUAUGGUGAUAGCAACAACUAAGAGCAGGAAUGAUGAACUUCGAAAUAUGUUCUUAUUAUAAAUAAGUUCUACUUGUCCAAAACAAAUAGAAAAUAUCAUUCAGUGUAAUAAAAGUGAACCAUGACUAUCUUUCAUUGAAAUCAGUGGAAUUAGGUUUAAUAGUGAUUACAAGCAGUCCCCAGGCUACAAACAAGAUAGGUUCUGUAGAUUUGUUCUUAAGUUGAAUUUGUAUGUAAAUUGGAACAGGCACAUUUUUAAGUUAACUCCAACCAAAAAAAAUUUUUUUUUAGUUUGGGAUAGUAUAAGGAAGGGUUAACACCUCUUUAACAUUUGUGUUGCUGUCCUUGCCUCUGCUCAGAAGACUUCAUUUCACUUUCUGUCCUUGUGACAAUUGAAUUUUAAAAAUUUUAAGUUGUUAUGGAAACAAGGAUUGGUGAUAAAGCUUCGGUGGAGAUGUCUUUUUCCCAUGAUAACUCUUCUGGGAGUGACUGGGAGUGUUUUACUGAUAAUUGAGGUUUUAUGGGUAUAAUUGUUUUAUUGUUUUAUCAUUGAUAUUUGAUUGUUUUAUCGGGCCAGGCCCCAUGUAAGCCGCCCCGAGUCCCUUCGGGGAGAUGGGGCGGGGUAUAAAAAUAAAGUUAUUAUUAAAGUUAUUAUUAUUAUUCUUAGGGGUAAAUUUCCUCUCACUUCCUGUUUUCUCACCCCCAUUUAUAACUAGGAGAUGUAUUUAAGUCAGUUGCUUGUGACUUGGGAACUGCCUGUAAUUCAUUAGCAGGGCAAUUGACCCAUUUCAGAUUGAUUGGGCCCCAAAUAUUUAUUCUCACUCAGAACAGGUUUUCUGUGCCCGACAAAUGUAAUUUAGAAUUUGCAGUGUGUAUGACAAUGAUAUGCAAAUUAAAGGGACAACCCAUUCCCUUGUCACAUUAUUUCCUCCUCCUUCUCUCCCUCUUCUUUGUACCCAGGGUAAUACUACCAUUAUGGCAUUCGCCCAUCAUCCUCUUUUUUUCCUGUGCAGAAAGUUUAAGACAGUGUUUGUUGUGUUUAAGACAGUUAAAGUCUUAAACUUGAGUUUAAAAUAGGAUUGGCAGACUCUGAAUAAUUUAUUACAUGCAGUACAAAUAUAUCGAGAACCUUUUCCAGCUUAUCAUUACAUAUUCCUUGUGUUGCCAAUAAACAAGAUGUGCAUCCCUCCUUUUUUGAGCCCUUGAUAUGGUUAAAUGUUCAUAAAAAAGUGAUAAUUGUU